UCUCAUACAUUUUCGAUAAUCAUGUCUUGCUAUAGAGGAAAAUUCACCGAUGAGUUGAUCAAGAAUGCUGCAUACAUCGGUACGCCCGGGAAGGGCAUCCUCGCCGCGGAUGAGUCCACCGGCACAAUCGGGAAGCGUUUCGAAAGCAUCAAAGUCGAGAACACCGAGGAUAAUAGAAGGGCGCUGCGUGAGCUUCUCUUCACCGCCCCUGGCGUCCUCCCAUUCCUCAGCGGAGUCAUCCUCUUUGAGGAGACUCUCUAUCAAAAAACUGCGGCAGGGAAGCCCUUUGUCGACGUGAUGAAGGAAGGGGGCGUCCUUCCGGGCAUCAAGGUCGACAAGGGCACGGUGGAGCUCGCCGGCACCGACGGCGAGACCACAACCCAGGGCCUGGACGACCUGGCGAAGCGGUGCCAGCAGUACUACACGGCAGGCGCCCGCUUCGCCAAGUGGCGCGCGGUCCUCAAGAUCGGCGCCAACCUCCCCUCCCAGCUGGCGAUCAACGAGAACGCGAACGGCCUCGCCCGCUACGCCAUAAUCUGCCAGGAGAACGGGCUGGUCCCGAUCGUCGAGCCCGAGAUCCUGGUGGACGGGGCCCACUCCAUCGAGAAGUGCGCGGACGUGACGGAGCGCGUGCUGGCCGCGUGCUACAAGGCGCUCAACGACCACCACGUGCUCCUCGAGGGGACGCUCCUCAAGCCGAACAUGGUCACCCCGGGCUCGGACUCCAAGAAGGCCGCGCCCGAGGUGAUCGCGGAGUACACCGUCCGGGCGCUGCAGAGGACGAUGCCGCCUGCAGUGCCGGCGGUGGUGUUCCUCUCCGGAGGGCAGAGCGAGGAGGAGGCGACCGUGAACCUGAACGCGAUGAACGCGAUGAAGACGAAGAAGCCGUGGAGCCUGACGUUCUCGUACGGGAGGGCGCUGCAGCAGAGCACGCUCAAGGCGUGGGGAGGGAAGGUGGAGAAUGUCAAGAAGGCGCAGGAGAAUUUCCAUGGCCGCUGCAAAGCUAACUCUGAGGCCACGCUCGGGACUUACAAGGGCGGCGCCGCCGGCAGCGAGGGCGCUUCCGAGAGUCUCCAUGUUAAGGAUUAUAAGUAUUAGGAGAAGAUUGAUUGUGUUUCGAUUUCCUUCAUUGCUUAAUUUCUUAUGUUUUUUUUACUGAAUUUUGUAGGAUUUUUUAACGUUUAGUACUAAUAAAGUUUGAGCUAUAUAAUCAUUUAUGUAAAGAUUUGAAAAUUUGCAGUUUGGUUUCC